UCGAAGCAAGACGUAAUCGUUCCACUAUGCAAUUAUUUUAAAGUGACUUAUAACUCGCAGAUUGGACACGAUUCGCGUGUGUCCGCGGCACUUUACUUGCUAAUAGUGAAAUCUACGUGCGUUCGUUGCGUCGAACGGAGACGGUCUUUUGGUGUGUUUGGCGUUUUCAUCAACCAUCAUCUAUGCCGUAUUUGCGUCGCACCCUUUGACGUAAUUUAUAACAUUAUUUAUGUACGUUUAAUCAAGGUAGGUUUAAUCUGAUAUAUUAUGAUUAAUAUUUCGUAACUUGAACGUUGGCGGUUGGCUUAAGUUGUGAAUGUCGUCGUAAUCGCUGUGUCCUCAUCACUGGUGUACCCAUGAUAUAAACAAGCAACCAACAUGAUAUGAAGGAACUUUUUGAUGGCCAGAUCUAAGCCCAAUACUAUUCAAAUAUUUGAUACACCGUACUCAUGUAUUUUUUUGAACAAUCGUUUUAUUCAAAUGUAUGUAUUAUUAUAACCAUUACAACAACCUACUGAAAAGCGACGCUGCCAGCACCGACGCCACCUCAAUCUAUCUAGCGACAACUAACGACUGUACCUAACUAUUAAUGUGAAUUAGUUGUUUGUACAGUUUUAGUUAUUUUACUGUAUUAUAAGGCACAAUUAUCUAAAAAACACAUCAGAAUGGCAAAUCCAAAAGCUUUUCUACAUGAAUGGUGUGCAAAGAAUAAUUUGGAACCACAGUUUGAAACCAAGCAAGCCGGUUCAGAGUUUAAUCUACGGUUUAUAUGUGAAGUUACUGUAACUGGACAUAAUUACAUAGGUGUAGGAAAUUCAACUAAAAAAAAAUUAGCUCAAGCAAAUGCAUCAAAAGACUAUCUCUUAUACUUGACAAGACAGGGAUUGGUAUCUACUGAUUCGUUACCAUCUAAUUGUAUUUCUGGUCCUGCUUCAAAUGAUUUAAUGGUUAAUGCAUCCCAAAGAUUAAUAAAUAAUGUGCCACCAAAAUCUGAGUAUGAAGAAAAAACUCCCAACAUGCUUGGUGAAGUUUAUCGACCAAAUGGGAAUACAAAUUUUCAGCUUAAAGAUUUUUUAAAUGACGAAAGUUUAGUUGAAAAGGCAGAAAGUUUAGAUGGGCAUGCUGCCUCAUCUGUACAUGGUGGUUGGACAAUUGAUAACGCUAAAUCACGUUUAAAUCAAUUUAUUCAAUCUAAUAAGUUAAAAAACACUGAUUACAAAUAUAGUUUCAUCGGGAAGAGUUAUGUUGCUGAAAUGACAAUAUAUAUAGCUAAACUUGGAAGAAAUGUAACUGCUCGUGAAAGUGGUUUAAAUAAACAAUCAGCAUCCAAAGGUUGUGCACUUUCUUUGAUUCGUCAACUAUACCAUUUAGAUGUUAUUGAACCAUUAUCAGAAUCUUUGAAAAAACCUAUUUUAAACACAGUUAAACCAUAUGAAGUUAAUGUCGAUCCUUUAUUAUUAAACAAAGUAUAUAAUAUACUGCAAGAGUUCAAUAUUGAACCUGUGAUUAAGAAUGAUACUAUUAUUGAACCAGAAACCACAGUUUCAUUAAUUUCUAAUCAAAUCGUGGAAUUUAAAGAAUCAAAACAAAUUAGAUUAUCAGGAGUUAUUCCAUGGUCACCACCUCAACCAAAUUGGAAUCCAUGGUUGGUCACAAAUAUUGAUGAAGGUCCUUUAGCUAUGUAAGCUACUUUAGAUCAAUUAAGUGAAGAAUUAGCUAAUGAUUAUACUAAGAAAUUAAAUUCCUCAGAAGGUUUUAAAGAAAGUAUUGCAAUGCGUAGCCAACUUCCAGUAUUUAAAAAAAAAAAUGAUAUAUUAGAUGUAAUAAGAAAAAACUCAAUAGUUAUUAUUCAAGGUAGUACUGGUUGUGGUAAAACUACUCAGGUUUGUCAAUUUAUACUUGAUGAGUACCUGAAAAAUUACCAAGGGGCUUACUGUAAUAUAAUUUGUACGCAACCAAGAAAAGUAUCAGCCAUCUCUAUCGCUCAUAGAGUGGCUUUUGAAAGAAAAGAAGAUAUAGGUUUAAGUGUUGGUUAUAGCGUUAGAUUUGAUAGCAUAUUUCCGAGACCUACUGGGGCAAUUUUGUUCUGUACAGUUGGUGUAUUAUUACGUAAAUUGGAAUAUGGUAUGCGUGGUAUAUCACAUGUAAUUGUUGAUGAAAUACACGAACGUGGUGUAAAUAGUGAUUUCCUCAUGGUUGUACUCAAAGAUAUGGUAUAUAACUAUCCUGACCUAAGAGUUAUUUUUAUGUCGGCCACCAUAAAUACUGCUAUGUUUUCUAAAUACUUUAAUUGUUGUCCAGUCAUUGAUGUAGAAGGGAGAUGCUAUCCUGUGAAAGAAUAUUUUCUCGAAGACAUUGUUCAAGUGUUAAACUAUCAGCCAACUCCAGAUAUCAAAAAACAUAAGAAUAAAGAUAACUAUGAAGAAUAUGUCAUUGAUGCACAAGAUCAUGAGGAAAAUUGUAAUUUACUUGUUUCUGAUGACUAUCCUCCUGAAGUUAAAUCUAGAGUGGCCUUGAUUAGUGAAAAAGAUGUUGAUUUUGAAAUUAUUGAAGCAUUAUUAACGCACAUUGAAGUAGAGAUGAACACACCUGGAGCAGUUCUAAUAUUUUUACCCGGUUGGAAUUUAAUUUUUGCACUCCAAAAAUAUUUAACUGAGAAUCAAUUUUUUGCAUCUUCAAAAUUUUGUAUACUACCACUCCAUUCACAACUUCCAUGUUCAGAUCAACAUAGAGUUUUUGAACCUGUACCGUCUGGAGUACGAAAGGUGAUUUUAUCUACAAAUAUAGCCGAAACUUCAAUAACUAUUGAUGAUGUAGUAUUUGUAAUUAAUUAUGGCAAAGCAAAGAUAAAAUUCUUUACUUCGCAUAAUAAUAUGACUCAUUACGCAACGGUUUGGGCGUCAAAGACAAACAUGCAGCAAAGAAAAGGCAGAGCAGGCCGUGUUAGAGAUGGUUUCUGUUUUCACUUAUGCACAAAGGCACGUUAUGAUAAAAUGGAUGAUCACAUAACACCAGAAAUGUUCCGUUCACCUUUACAUGAAAUAGCUUUAUCUAUUAAAUUGUUAAGACUUGGAGAUAUUGGACAAUUUCUGAGCAAGGCUAUUGAACCUCCACCUAUUGACGCUGUAAUUGAAGCCCUAGUGAUGCUCAAAGAGAUGAAAUGUCUUGGAAUAAAUGAAGAGUUAACACCACUUGGUCAUAUUUUAGCAAAAUUACCAAUUGAGCCUCAUAUUGGUCGCAUGAUGGUGUUGGGAAAUAUCUUAAUGUUAGGUGACGCUUCAGCUAUUAUAGCUGCUAUAUGUUCAAACAUGACAGAUAUAUUUGUAUUCGAUCAUAAAAUGACACCAUCACAGCGUGCUUUCUCUGGUAACCGCUGUUCUGAUCAUUUGGCUCUACUAAAUGCUUUUCAUGAAUGGCAAUCUUUGGCCUAUUGUGAUAUUAAUCCAACAGAAUACUGUGAACGUAAUAUGUUGUCGCAACCAUCAUUGACUACAAUAGCAGAUACUAUGGAACAAUUGAAAGACCUAUUUAUCAAAAUUGGAUUUCCUGAAAUAUGUUUUGAAAAGCAGAGAUUUGAUUUUGGAAAAACCGAAAUGCACGACGAACCAUUAUUAGAUGUAGUAUCUGCCAUUUUAACAAUGGGAUUUUAUCCUAAUGUGUGUUAUCAUAAAGAAAAACGGAAGGUAUACACAACAGAAGGAAAGGCUGCACUUAUUCAUAAGACAUCUGUUAAUUGUAAUAAUGUCAUGGCCGGUUCUUUCCAAUCACCAUUCUUUGUAUUUGCAGAGAAAGUACGUACUAGAGUUGUAUUUUGCAAGCAAAUGACCAUGGUAACUCCCAUUCAUCUUCUAUUGUUUGGUGCUCGCAAGAUUGAAUAUACUGAAGAAUUAGUCCAAUUAGAUAAUUGGAUAACUUUAAAAAUGGAUGUAACAGCUGCUUCUGCAAUUGUAGCUUUAAGACCAGCUAUUGAAAGUUUAAUUGUACAUGCAUCUGAAGAACCAGAAUCUAUUGCAAUGUUAAGUGAAACAGAUAUUAAACUUAUAAAUGUUCUAAAAGAACUAUGUAAUUUUAACUGUGGUAGAUACAAUCUUUCUCCAGUAUCGUUUGUUCAAGAACCAAAUUACAGAAGACAGUUCAACCAAACAUUUAAUGAGAGUGGUGAUGCUUCAGAUGAUAAAUUUCAACAUAUCAAUCAUUCAUACCCUAGUUAUAAUAGUUUUCAAAGAAGUGGUAGAGGAAGGUAUAAUCAAGGAAUAGGUUACCACAGAAGUUCUUUGUCACUUUGUGAUGAAUACAAUCAAAGAAGUUAUUAUGGUGGUGGUCGCUCUGUAAGAGGACAAGGUUUCAGAAGUUAUAGCGGCGAAAAAGGCUUUAAAAGAAGUUUCUGAACCUGGCGGCUGUACAACAAAUGUUUUUAUUUAUCUAUAUAAUUAUGAUAGCUUUUUUUAUUUUUUCAUUUUAACUAAUAAUGUAUUCAUUCUCAAUGUAGAUAAUAAUUGUCUAUCUAUUUAUACAACAAAAACAAAUUAAAAUUAUUUUAUCAUUAUAGUCAUUUUUAUUAUUAUACAUUUUAAUGUCCAUUAAAUCUAAUCAUAACUUUUACUGCCAUUUUACAAUGCUUUCUUUUGUUCUUGCAAGUAUCUGAAACAUUAA